UUGUGUGCGACCAUUUUUGUCUUUUUUUCUGUGUGUUUAUGUUCUGCUGUCUUGCUGUAUUUCGCUAAUGGAUGCGCUUUUAUCGUUAAAGUUUUGUGCACAUCCUCUGGAUAUGGACUGGAUAACAUUUUAAAUAUUGCUAGGCUGCCGUUUUUGCCCAGAAUGAACAAAGGGUGGUUGGAGCUCGAGAGUGACCCAGGACUGUUCACUCUCCUGGUGGAAGAUUUUGGUGUCAAAGGUGUCCAAGUAGAAGAAAUUUAUGAUCUUCAAAGCAAAUGUCAAAGUCCUGUCUAUGGCUUCAUCUUCUUGUUCAAAUGGAUUGAGGAGCGCCGCUCCAGGAGGAAAGUUAAUACUUUGGUGGAUGAAACAUCUGUUAUUGAUGAGGAAAUUGUAAAUGAUAUGUUCUUCGCUCAUCAGUUGAUACCAAAUUCCUGUGCCACUCAUGCAUUGCUCAGUGUGCUUCUGAACUGCAGUGGCGUUGAGCUUGGCACCACCCUCAGUCGUAUGAAAGCUUUUACUAAAGGUUUUAGUCCAGAGAGCAAAGGUUAUGCAAUAGGAAAUGCCCCAGAACUUGCUCGAGCACAUAAUAGCCAUGCCAGACCGGAGCCCAGGCACCUGCCGGAGAAACAGAAUGGAAUUAGUGCAGUGCGGACUAUGGAAGCUUUCCACUUUGUUAGCUAUGUGCCCAUCAAAGAUCGCCUCUUUGAGCUCGAUGGACUCAAGGCAUACCCCAUUGACCAUGGACCCUGGGGUGAAGAGGAGGAAUGGACUGAUAAAGCUCGACGUGUUAUCAUGGAGAGGAUUGGUCUGGCCACUGCUGGUGAGCCUUACCAUGACAUCCGCUUUAACCUGAUGGCGGUAGUGCCUGACCGCAGGAUGAAGUACGAGUCCAAACUAGAAAUUCUAAAGAAGAAUCGACAAACUGUCCUGGAGGGUUUACAGAAGAUGAUCCGCCUCACACAGCCAGAGCUCGUCCAGGACAAGAAGCAGCAGGAGUCUUCCUCUCCUGAUGAUGGCACUGCUGCCAUUAAGAAAGAAGCUGAUGCCGAGCCAGCCCAGGGGGCUGAUCAGGCUUCUUCAGAUUCAGUUGAGGAACCACGAGUUCAGUCCCAAGCUGCGUCCAGCCCUGCAAGCAACACUAAGGCUAUCUGUAAGCCACCUGUACCGACUGCAGGAGGCCCCCAGCAGGUCACGAGCCCUAACCCCAUUUUUCAGCGCCUCCCUGCCUUUUUGGACAACCACAACUAUGCCAAGUCCCCAAUGCAGGAAGAGGAGGAUCUUGCUGCUGGAGUUGGUCGCACUCGGAUGUCAGCGCCUCCUCAACCCACAUACUCAGAUGAUGAGGAUGAUUAUGAGGAUGACGAUGAGGAAGGAACGGCGACAGCAGGCACAUCCCGCAGAUUUAGACGGAAGCCCAGUCUCCGCUCACGAACAGGACGGGUUGGGAGUGGAAUGGAGAGCCAGAUUGCUCUCAGUGUCUUAGAAGAGAAACUUAAGAAGGAGGCUCAAAGAAAGGACACUAUAAAUACACCCAUAUCUGUACGCACAGAAGGACGCACAGGAGGCAUUUGUAUCACAUCUGCUUCACAGCCUUCCCCAACACCCAGCAAUGAAAGCACUGACACAGCCUCAGAGAUUGGCAGUGCAUUCAAUUCUCCACUGCGGUCACCAGCACGUUCUCAGGCCGCCACGCGCCCGUCCAGUCCAGUCGCCUCCCAUCUGUCUCGUGUGCUGUUUGGAGAGGACGAGAUGUUACGGCUAGACUCCAGACACAACCGUGCUGUCAGAGAAUUGGGUCCAUCUGUCAGCAUAGCCGUGCUAAAGCUGCAGGAGGAUGGCGUUAUUUAUGCUCUGUCCCCGUCUGGGGACUUGGCUGCUGAUGGUGUGAAGCGGCCAAACAGUCCUGAGAAGAAAAAAGAGAAAGAACAAGCAGGCAGUGUCACAGAAGAAAGGCUGGGAGGUAAUGAAGGUGAAGAGGGGCCAUCUGUGAAGGUGAAAGAGGAGGAGAGCAAAGAUGGAGCUGAGGUGAAACCCAACAAGAAGUUCAGUGCUAUGGAAACUGCUGGAGACACCAAGCCCUCUGGGGACAAGUACUCUCCAAAAGAGCUGCUUGCUCUGCUCAAAUGUGUAGAGGCCGACAUUGCCAAUUAUGAGGUGUCUCUAAAAGAGGAAGUGGAAAAGAGAAAGAAAUAUAAAAUUGAUGAUCAGAGGAGGACCCAUAAUUAUGAUGAGUUCAUCUGCACCUUCAUAUCAAUGCUGGCCCAAGAAGGCAUGUUGGCCAGCCUCGUGGAGCAAAACAUUUCAGUGCGUCGUCGGCAGGGAGUGAGUAUUGGCCGCUUGCACAAACAGAGAAAACCAGAUCGUAGGAAACGUUCCCGACCUUACAAAGCUAAACGUCAGUAAUAAAACAUUUUUGUUUUGUUUGUAUUUUUAUUGUCUCCAUAAUGCACCAAGUAAUCUGUGAGGGGUAAAAAGUGUUGCACCUUUGCAAUGCACUGUUGUAUUUAUCACCAGAGCCUUUUCUUAUUCAUGGAAUUGACCAUUGUUUCAGCAAUUCUUACUGUGUGUGUGUGUGUGUGUGUAUGUGUUUAGUCUGAAUGUAAAUGUUCUUCUAUCUGUGAUCUGUAAAUAUUUGUAAAAAAAAAAAGCAUUCCCACAAAAAGCAGUUUUUGUUUGUUUUUCCUGUACGAUGGAUUCAUUUGUAUUGGGAGGACGUAUGCGGUGUUAUCAUCAGUUGGCGUUACCUUUAGUAGAUCAUGAAAAAAAGUCACGUUCUUAACAAUUUAACUGUAAAUAUUUCCUCAACUGUCUCCCUCGAUGUUUUGGUAGUGCCAAUAAAGUGUUGAAUGUUUAAGCAAAUAGCUCAUAUCGCUGGUCAUUCAUAUGUGACAGACCAAACAUCUGUUAAUUAUAUGCUUCAUGAACAUUUGGAAACUCAUGAAUGCAUAGGGCAUUUUUUUGUUUGUUGUUUUUUUUUUUUGUUUCUUGCAGUUGAAUGUCCUUUCAAGUAAAAACUAGCAGUAUACAUGUAUACGUGUCAGUCUAGAUGUCUUUGAAAAGAAACAGGAAAAGCUUUUGCCUUAUUAUUUUUUACUUAAAAUGGAUGUUAAUAUUCUGUUAUGUGUAUGAAAUUGUAUGUUUUGUAAAUAUGUGUCUGUUGGACAGCUUGGUGUCACCUCUGUACAGUGGGGCUCAGUUGUACUUUGUGUUUAAAUUUAUACAGUAAACUCAGUGAAAGUA